AUGUCAGAAAGAGGGGAUGAUGACAGAACCACUUCGACGAUCAAUAGUUUGGCGAAACGCAGGUAUCAGGACAAUUUAGACACGUUUCAAGAAGAGCGUGCCGGUUUUCAACAAAAACGCCCACAUGCUGUUGACGAUGAAGAUGAGGACUUCGAGACAGCAGCACCACCAACUAAGCAAAAGACAAAGGCUGAGGAAAUGAUGGAACGAAUGGGUUAUAAGGCAGGAGAAGGUCUCGGAAAGAACAAACAAGGAAUCCAAGAGCCAGUGGCACUCUCAACUCAACGAGGAAAAACUGGACUUGGUCAUGAAGGUGCAAAAGCGGUUGCAAGAGAUAUGAAUGAGCAAUGGGAUGAUUCAACAGAGAAUAAGACAGUUGAGGAGACAGUUAUUUGGAUGACUGAUAUCGAUGAAGGAAUUAGAAGAGAGAUUUGUGAUAAACUGAUAAAAGACGAUCAGUGGAUGGUUGUACGGAAAGAAAAGAAAGUCAUCGAUGAUGAAACCGAAUUCUGUAGUGAAAAAGAGCUGAAAGAUAUGAUUGAAGCUAAGAAUGUGUUCGAUUCGAUGUCAGAUAAAGAUCUCAGAGAAGCCAGAACCCGUGCGAAUCCAUAUGAAACCAUUGGUUCCGCUUUCUUCCAAAACCGCGCUGCCAUGAAAACAGCCAAUAUGGACAAGAUCUACGAUUGGAUACUGUCCAGAGAGAAUACAGGAAACAACAGUUUUUUGCUGAAAAAUCCGCUUCAAGAGGGAACGACAGCUGAGAACGUGGAUAGGCACGAAGAUCUCUUCUAUUUCGCUGAUGUUUGUGCCGGACCAGGAGGAUUCUCAGAGUACAUGUUAUGGAGAAAAGCGUUUUAUAAUGCGAAAGGGUUUGGAUUUACAUUGGCUGGAAAAGAUGAUUUCAAGCUUCAAAAGUUCACAGCAUCGUCUGCCUACUUCUUUGAAACUUUCUACGGAACAAAGAAGAAUGGAGAUGUUAUGGAUCCAGAAAAUAUCGAUUCUCUCGAAAAGUUCAUUAGUGAAGGCACAGAUGGGCAAGGUGUUCAUCUGAUGAUGGCAGAUGGUGGAUUCAGUGUUGAAGGACAAGAAAAUAUUCAAGAGAUUCUUUCGAAGAGACUCUACCUCUGUCAGCUUCUGGUGUCGCUUUGCAUCGUUAGAGAAGGCGGAAACUUCUUCUGUAAACUUUUCGAUAUUUUCACUCCAUUCAGUGUUGGAUUAAUCUAUUUGAUGAGAGUCUGUUAUGACAGCAUUUCUCUUCAUAAACCACACACAAGUCGUCCAGCAAAUUCAGAGAGAUACAUCACUUGCAAAGGAUUAAGAAAGGAGUUUGCAGGCGUUGUGAAGGAUUAUUUGAAGAGAGUCAACCGCAAACUAGACGAGCUCAAAAACAAGAAUUCAAAAGACGACGUUAUGGAACUGAUGCCUCUGGACGUCAUCAAAUCAGAUGAGCAAUUCAUGAAAGAAAUCAUUGAGCACAACGAAGUGUUGGCCCAUCGUCAAACUGUCUACCUUCAAAAGUACAAAAGUUUUGCAAAGAAUCAGGGACAAUUCGACAAGGAUCAGGGAAAUCUUCGUGAUGAGUGUCUCAAGUACUGGCAGGUCCCGAACAAACAGAGACCACGUGGCGGUGAUCGUGGAAGUCGUAAUGGAAAUCAAGAGCGUCUGAAUCCAAAUGUAGUACUCGGAAAGUAUACUUCGAAGAUUUGCGGAGAGGCAGAAUUGGGAAUAUCGUUUCGUGGCCUGGGUGCAGCUUCCGAUCCUCAAUUGCUCAUUGGUACAGGAGACGCAGUGUUCAUUUAUCGGCAUGGUCACUUUGAACAAAUCGAUAGAGAUUAUGCUCGUAUUCCGGAGAAUACCAUCUUGUUGGUGGACUGUGCGGAAGAGGUCAAGACUGACGGAUCGAAAAUCCGAAUCAGUAGUGAUCCUCAUAUGAUUCGUAUUGCGGAUGCAGCUGUACUUUAUGGAGAUAAUGUAUCACAAUUACCAUAUGAGGCUAGAAUGAAGGCUGCUCAAAAAUUCGCCCUCGCUUUGAAAUUGACAAAGAAAACAAUUCAAAUCGGUUGGGGAUUCAGGGCAAAAGACAUCACUCCUCACCAGGUCUGUUGUGCUCAAACCUAUUCUCUCAAAGAGCUCGAUGAAUUCCAAUCCAAUUUGAUUGAACUCAAACAAAGAGGAGAAGUUAUUGUGCUUUUCAAAGAAGGAGACCGCCAAUUCAAAACUCAGUCACUGAGACUUACGAGAAUCAUCAAGCAAGACUGGCAAAUGGGAUGGUCCAAAUCACAGCAAGUUCCAUAUGUGCACUCUCCACUACACCAAAAAGAGGGAUCUAUACUUGAGGACCAAUGGAAGAAAAGAGAAAUACACUCUUCGUUCUGGGACAGUGUUAUUUUGACGAAUAAAGAUAAGCAAAAGAUGACGGAGAUGAUGCAGCACGGUCACAAUGCCGUUCCAUCAACUAUCUGGAGCUGGAAACCGUGUAUGCGUACAGAAUAUGGUCCAUACAAGAUCAUGAACCAUCCAGAAGCCUUCGAUGGCAAGCCAACUAUUUCUGCAAUCAAAUCACAGAUCGCCGAGACUGAUCUCAGCACUCUGCGUAGCAAAUAUACACCUCUUACAGCUCUGUAA